AGUGAUCGUGUUUGGCGCACAGGUGACCCGGAUGUGGCGCAGGUUGUGUUGACAUCAGAGCGGCGAUCAUCAUCAUCAUCAUCAUCAUCAUCAUCAGAUCAUGUUCAUAUUUCUGCGAUUCUAGCGCGUCGAGGCGGCGCGUCAGUCGUUCUGCGAGCGUCAGGUGCAGCAGCUUCUCUCCAUGUGUGUCUCCUGAGUCCCGGAGUGUGUCGUGCUGUUGUUCUUCUGUUCGGAUUGACUCAAGGUCAUCAUGGCGAGUAAAGCGGGAGACGACCCAGACAGCCUGAUGUCUCUGUGCACCGUCUUCUGCCUGAAGAACCUGCGGAGAACCAUGUGCUACAGCGAAGGCGAGCAGAACCGGCUCCAGCUGCGGCCCGACGUCUUCCUGCCCGGCGAGAUCUGCGAUCGGCUGGUCAAUGUGUACAUGGAUCUGGUGCACACUGACAGCGACUUCGAGCCGCAGGACGGCUUCUUCCAGCUCUUCAGUGAGCCGCGCAGCACCAGACUGACCCGCCUGCAGCUGAGGGAGGAUCUGGUGCGAGACCGAGACCUGGAGGCCAUCGGGAAACAGGAUCUGAUGGAGCUUCACCUGACCUACUGUAGCCGUCUGACGGCGCGCGGCCUGCGGACGCUCUGCAGCUUCAGACACUCGCUGCUGUCGCUCAGUCUGUUCGGCUGCUCCAGCGUCUUCUUCAGGAAGAGCGGCGCUCCGCUGGCGGCCGGCGAGGACGAGGACGAGGAGGAGCGUGUGCAGCGGCACACCGUGGACCUGGACUUCAGCUUCCAGGGCUUCAACCGUCUGCGUCUGCUGAACCUGGGAGGCCUGCCGGCGGAGCUGGACGUGGAGACGCUGCUGCGGCCGCUGCCCGCUCUGAUCUCGCUGGACCUGUCGUCCGUCCAUCUGCCUCGACCGGCCUUCCUCACGCAGUGGAGCGAGCGCCUGGCGUCUCUGGUGCUGUAUAACGUGGAGCUGACGGAGGAGCUGAUCCACACGCUGCUGCAGAUGAGCAGACUGAGGUCACCUUUACACUUGGCCUACAACCUGCCGCCAUCAUGCUCACACAUCUGCACACACACACCACACACACACACACACACACAGCAUCUCUUCUUCUGUCGCUACAGUGCUCUGACUGUAUUUGCUGUGUGUUUGCAGAUCACCGGCUCCAAGAACGAGGAUCAGAUCCUGAAUGCUAUCGAGGCGUACACAGAACAACGACCCGAGCUGGCCCAUCGAGCCAUUAACCAGCUGUUUGACAUCGCCAGGAUUCAGCACUGCAGCCAGCUGCUGCGAGCACUGCAGCUGGUGAUCACAGCGCUGAAGACUCAUAAAUAUGACAAGAGCAUUCAGGUGACGGGCAGCGCCGCUCUGUUUUACCUCACCAACACUGAGUACCGCAGCGACCAGAGCGUCCGUCUGCGCAGACAGGUCAUACAGGUGGUGCUCAACGGCAUGGAGCAUUACCAGGAGGUGACGGUCCAGAGGAACUGCUGUCUGACGCUCUGUAACUUCAGUAUUCCUGAGGAGCUGGAGUUCCAGUACCACAGAGUCAAUCUGCUGCUGCUGAAGAUCCUGGAGCCUGUGCGUCAGGAUGAGUCCAUCCAGCGCAUCGCCGUCCAUCUGUGUAACGCACUCGUCUGUCAGGUCGACAACGACCACAAAGAAGCCGUCGGCAAGAUGGGAUUCGUCAAGACGAUGCUGAAUCUGAUCCAGAAGAAGCUGCAGGACAGAAUGUGUGAUCAGGUGAUGGAGUUCUCGUGGAGCGCGCUCUGGAACAUCACAGACGAGACGCCUGAUAACUGUCAGAUGUUCCUGGAGUGUAACGGCAUGAACCUCUUCCUGGAUUGUCUGAAGGAGUUUCCUGAUAAGCAGGAGCUGCACCGUAACAUGCUGGGGCUGCUGGGUAACGUGGCCGAAGUGAAGGCGCUGAGGCCGCAGCUGCUGACCAAGCAGUUCAUCACGGUGUUCAGUGAGCUGCUGGACAGUAAAGCGGACGGCAUCGAGGUGUCCUAUAACGCCUGCGGAGUGCUGUCACACAUCAUGUUCGACGGGCCGGAGGUCUGGACCAUGGAGGAGCCCAGGAGGACACACGUCAUGGACAAAAUGUGGGCGGCCAUCCAGAGCUGGGACGUCAGCUCGCGACGCAACAUCAACUACAGGUCGUUCGAGCCCAUCCUGCGUCUCCUUCCUCAGAGCAGUGCUCCGGUCAGUCAGCACUGGGCCACCUGGGCGCUUUAUAACCUGGUGUCUGUUUACUCGAGUAAAUACUGCCCUCUGUUGAUAAAGGAGGGAGGCGUCAUUCUGCUGCAGAAAGUUCUGGAGCUGGAGUCCUCUCAUCAGGAGACCAAGGACAUGGCACGUAAAGUGAUGGAGCAGUGUGAGAACUUCAAGGAGGAUCCGAUGGACACCAGCAGGUAAAGGAGCGCCGGUCAUCAUCUGCGUGAUGUUCUUCACUGCCGCUGACGGCACAGAAACACCUGUGUGUUCACGAGGAAGACGUUAUGCUGCUCUCCUACAACACACGUCUGUCACGUCACACUACAGUGAGCUCACGAGUGUGUGUGUGUGUGUGUGUCGGGCUCAUUUCUGUGUUGCACAUGGACAGCAGUGAGAGCUGCAUUAUUCUAGGGGUGUUUUUCUUUGUUUUUCUUUGUAAAUGUAAUGUGCCCAAG